ACAAGACAGUAAAACCAUUAGCGGGUCUGAGUAGUGACCUUUACCACCGGCGACGAGAUUGCGAUUACAGAGUGUCAAAGCAAUCUGCUUUUUCCUUAUUCUCUCAGAUUCAAAGCUUCUCUUUAAACGGAGAUUAGUUGAAGCUUCGUAAGUUGUGAAAUCUAUGGCGGAUUAUCAUUUUGUCUACAAGGACGUCGAAGGAACGUCGACGCAAUGGGACGAUAUCCAGCGGAAGCUGGGGAAUCUCCCGGCGAAGGCUCCGGCUUUCAAACCUCCGGCGUAUACUCCGGAACAAGACGAGUCUUCAGCUCCAAAGGACCAAGCUUGGUUCGAUAAGAAAACAGAGGAGGAGCUCGAGGAUCUUGAGGACGACAAAGAUCUCGACGAUGAUCGCUUCCUCGAAGAAUACAGGAAGAAGAGGUUGACAGAGCUGAGAGAAGCUGCUAAAGUUAAAAGGUAUGGAUCAGUGACUCCCAUCUCAAGCUCUGAUUUCAUGCGGGAGGUUACACAAGCUUCUGCUGAAGACUGGGUUGUUGUAUGUCUCUACAAAGAUGGUUUUGCGGAGUGUGGUUUGCUAUUGGGUUGUUUGGACGAAUUGUCUAGCAGAUACCCGGCAACGAAGUUUGUUAAGAUUAUAUCCACUGAUUGUAUUCCUAACUACCCUGAUUGCAAUCUUCCUACCUUGGUCGUGUACCGUCAUGGUGCUGUUAAAGGAACACAUGUAGGGUUGAAGAGUGUUGGCCGUAGGUGCACCCCUGAGAGUGUAGCCUUAGUUUUGUGUCAGUCGGAGCCGGUUCUUAACGAUGGUAAAAGUGGAGAUGAUGACUCCUCAAGGGAGGCUGUGAUGGCUGGAGUACGAAGACAGUUCAUAGAACGAGUGGUAAAAGACCAUGAAGAUAAGGAUAACGAUGAUGAUGGUUACAAUAGCGAUUAGAAGCUUCUCUAUUUUUCUCUGUUGGUUAUGCUUUUUGUCUUUUGUGACUGGUAAACAAAAGUGAUGACUUCACUUUUUUUUUUUUUUUUCAAAUGAACCAAUCUUCUUAUUAAGCAAACCAACAACCA